UUGUAGUAUGUUAUCCCUGUCCCGCUCCUUCUCUGCCGCAAGUCGUAUAAUCAACAGACCCAUAAUGUCCCAGCCACAAGUCACCCCCCAAUGGGUACUCGGCCCCGGAAACACACCUUUCUACACCAAGACUUGGUCUCCCCCUACAGACCCGAAGGCCUACAUCUUGUUUGUGCACGGAUUUGCUGAGCAUAUCGAGCGAUAUACUCCCUUCUUCACCUCUCUCACCGCCACCUACCCCGUGCACAUUACCGCAUUUGACCAACGCGGGCACGGCCGGACUUCCCAGGACCCGCUCACCUCUGAGUCUCCAGAAGUGAAGAAAUGGAAGGAAGAGGGUAAGGAAGUGAAGCUCGAGAAGAAUGCAAAGAGAAGGACGGGGGGCUGGGGGCAGUGCUUUACGGACAUGGAGUGGUUCUUGAAGAAUGUGAUUGAAUCGGCAAACGGAAAGCCGGUGUUCCUAUGGGGCUUCAGUAUGGGCGGUGGACAAUCACUCGCCUUUCCCAUCCGCCCUUCGGGCCCACCGUCCCAGGACACUGUUUCAAAGCUCUCUGGUGUCAUCUCUGGUGGACCACUCAUCAGGCUUUCCAAUAAACCCCCGGCUAUCCAAGUGAAGGCUGGCACAUUUGCUGCCAACAUUGGACUGGGCAACUUUCUCAUUCCCACGCCCAUGGACUAUACGCACCUGUCGCAUAGCCCCGAGAUCAACGAGAAAGCCAAAAAUGAUCCCUUUUGCGAGCAAUCGGGCUCCAUACGUGGCGUAGCCGACUUUCUCCACGGCGGAGAAUGGCUCGACAGCUCGGAUGCGUGGGGUCGCUGGCCCGCCAAGCUCCCUUUACUUCUCUACCAUGGUGGGGAUGACAAGAUCUGUGACGUACAGGCCAGCAAGAGGUUUGUAGAGAAUGUCAAGGCCGAGAACAAGACUAUCAAGGUGUUUGAUGGAAUGUACCACGAAGUACACAACGAGGCCGAGCCUGUCCCAACCGAGCUCAUCCAGCUUGUUACCCGAUGGGUCGAUGGGAUUAUCGCUGCUCCUUCGAGUGCAGAAUCUGUUGCGCAGGUUCAGCCUGGACUGUCCAAGCUGUGAAGGGGUGUCUUGUGUAUCCAGACGUCGGGUAUCCCGGUAUACCUUGGAGGGCCGAAGGCCGAGGAACGAGCCACCAUCCGGCGGCUGACGAUGAUUGAGUCAGCCGGGCGAUAUGUUUUGUGUAUGCACUGUUAUGCACGUACUGUACGAGUGCAUACGAUCCGCCAAGCGAAAAUUAUUAGUCCCGAUUAUAUUGAUUCCAAGAUCCAAGACUGACAGGUGUCACCUCUUGACACAUUCUUGUCACCAGACGUCGGGAGAGCAGGAACAAGUAUUCUAUUACGGCAGAGCGGGAAAGCUACA